AUGGACCUUGAGGCGAGCUGGCCUGCCCGGUUGAUCGCAGACCCUGGAGUGGGAGGCUGGUUGCGGAGGAAGAAGCUCCAGGAGAUACGUAUCUAUCAUCAUCCUCUUCCUUCCACCAAGCAACGACCGCUUGAUACCUCCAAAACAGCCUGCUCCUACAAACUCUUCCGACUUGUUGUGACCUGUACUGUGUACUUAUCAUCCCUGAAGGGCAAGGGGGCUGGAGAGCAGAAGUUUUCCCCCCUUUCCUUUCUUUUCUCAUCCCUUGCUCAGGUUCCUGAAUUCCGCACAAUGUCAGGGCAGCAGACAGGGGGCCUUGUAUACAGAGAGACGAUGUAUGGACAGACCAGCAGAGACGGUGUUUCGUUGCUUUUUCGUCUCUUUUUUUUAAGCAGUUGGUUUGCAUAUGCGGAUAUCUCCAGACUCCGUGCGAGACGCCUAGUCAGAGUACGGAGUAGCAGCGGCGGCAGCAGCAGCAGCAGCAAAGCAACUAGCAAGAGCCUGGCCGAUGACGACAGAGACGAGCAUGGCAUGCGUCGAGGGCUUGAAGAUAUCGCCUCUACCAAUCUCUUCUGCGCAGAGGCAGAGGGCCAGGAGAAGCGCUGUCCACGGGACACAGACGAGCUAAUAGAGAGGAGGGAGGACUGCUUCCUCCCUUUCUUUUCUUCUUCCUCCUCGUCGACUCAGGGAGAGGGACGCCCUCCAAGGGGUCUUUUAGUCUUUCUUCUAGAGCCCGGAAAGAACAAGGAGAUAAGCGAGGGUCGCACAUCUCAAAAAGAAGAGCGACCAAAAGAGGGAGGCGGCCGGGAUGGUGGAUGA